AAUUCUCAAUUUGAAUCCUGUGGUUGCUUAAAAGACUGAAGCAAUCAUGGUGAACCUGAGCAAUGGGAUGCACUCGUUCCUUGUGCACCUCAUCGGCCUAAUGGUUUGGCAAUUUGAUAUUUCCAUAAGUCCAGUAGCAGCUAUAGUAACUGACAUUUUUAAUUCCUCCGAUGGUGGACGCUUGUUUCAAUUCCCAGACGGGGUACAAAACUGGCCAGCACUUUCAAUCGUCGUGAUUAUAAUCAUGACAAUAGGGGGCAACAUUCUCGUUAUCAUGGCAGUAAGCAUGGAGAAAAAACUGCACAAUGCAACCAAUUACUUCUUAAUGUCCCUAGCCAUUGCUGAUAUGCUGGUGGGACUACUUGUCAUGCCCCUGUCUCUGCUUGCAAUUCUUUAUGAUUAUGUCUGGCCAUUACCUAGAUAUUUGUGCCCCGUCUGGAUCUCACUAGAUGUGCUAUUUUCAACUGCGUCCAUCAUGCACCUCUGCGCCAUAUCGCUGGACCGGUAUGUAGCAAUACGUAAUCCUAUUGAGCAUAGCCGGUUCAAUUCGCGGACUAAGGCCACCAUGAAGAUUGCCAUCGUUUGGGCAAUAUCAAUAGGUGUUUCAGUUCCUAUCCCUGUGAUUGGACUGAGGGACGAAAGCAAAGUGUUCGUGAACAACACCACGUGCGUGCUCAACGACCCGAACUUCGUUCUCAUCGGGUCCUUCGUGGCAUUCUUCAUCCCGUUGACGAUUAUGGUGAUCACCUACUUCUUAACGAUUUACGUCCUACGCCGUCAAACUCUGAUGCUACUUCGAGGCCACACCGAGGAGGACCUGCCUGAAAUCAGCCUGAACUUUCUGAAGUGCUGUUGCAAGAAGAAUGCCGGUGAUGAAGAGAACACUGAGAAUCCCAAUCCAGAUCAGAAGCCGCGUCGAAAGAAGAAACAAAAGCGUCCUCGAGGCACCAUGCAAGCUAUCAACAACGAAAAGAAAGCUUCCAAAGUCCUUGGCAUUGUAUUCUUUGUCUUUCUGAUCAUGUGGUGCCCGUUUUUCAUCACUAAUAUCCUGUCUGUUCUUUGUGAGAAGUCCUGUAACCAAAAGCUGAUGGAGAAGCUUCUCAAUGUGUUUGUUUGGAUUGGCUAUGUGUGUUCAGGUAUCAAUCCUCUGGUGUAUACUCUCUUCAACAAAGUGUACCGAAGGGCUUUCUCUAAAUAUUUGCGCUGUGAUUAUAAGCCAGACAAAAAGCCGCCUAUCAGACCGAUUCCUAGGGUUGCUGCUACUGCUUUGUCUGGGAGGGAGCUCAAUGUUAACAUUUAUCGGCAUACCAAUGAACGUGUGGCUAGGAAAGCUAAUGACACUGAGCCUGGUAUAGAGAUGCAGGUGGAGAAUUUAGAGCUGCCAGUCAAUCCCACCAAUGUGGUUAGCGAGCGGAUUAGUAGUGUGUAAGCAAGCGCAGCCUUCCU